AUGUGGGCAGCGGCCCCUGCGCUGCUCCUGCUCCUUCUCCUCCUGCUGCUGCUGCCGCGGCUGGCGCGGCGCGGGGCGGCGCGGCUGGAGCCGGCCGGGCGGGCCGUGCUCAUCACGGGCUGUGACAGCGGCUUCGGGCACCUGCUGGCGCUCCGCCUCCACCGCCUCGGCUUCACCGUGUUCGCCGGUUGCCUGUGCCCCGGCGGGGACGGGGCGCGGCGGCUGCAGCGGGAGGCGGGCGGCGCCGGCCGCCUGCGCGUCCUGCGGCUCGAUGUGACCCGCGCCCAGGACGUGCGCGCCGCCAAGGAGCUGGUGCUCAGCCACCUGCCCGAGCGAGGUUUCUGGGGCCUUGUCAAUAACGCAGGAAUAUCAACAUUUGGUGAGACUGGGUGGCUGCCUAUGGAGACAUAUGAAAAAUUUGCAGAUGUGAAUCUCCUUGGGAGCAUCAGGACAACUCUGGCAUUUCUUCCCCUUCUAAGGAAAUACAAGGGACGUAUUGUUUUCAUGUCCAGCAUCAUUGCCUAUUUUACUCUGGGAAAUGGCAUUUAUUCUAUGACCAAGGCAGCUAUUGAAAAAUUUUGUGAUGCUUUAAGACUGGAAAUGAAGAAGUUUGGUGUACAGGUCUGUAUUAUCCAGCCAGGAAAUUAUGCACGCUCUACGAAAAUUCAGCCACCACUCAGUGCUGAAGAGAUCUGGAGUGAACUGAGUGAAGAGGAAAAGGCUGUUUACAAUAAGGAGUAUGUUCAAGAGCGGGCAAACUUUUUCAACAGCAUCCUCAAUGAGGGAAGCACUAAUGGCUGUGAGGUUGUAGAUGCUAUGGUGGAUGCUCUGACAUCUCCUGCACCCAAGGCACGUUACAUGGUGGCAAAGCUAAAGGAGAAGGCCCUGGUGUUUGUGUGUGCUUUGUUCCCGACUGUUGUGAUGGAUUCUGUUCUGUCUUAUGCUCUGAGCAAAGUAAAACUUGCAUAG